CGGCGAGAUAGAGAUGCAGAAGGAGAGAGGGACUAGGUAAAAGAGAGAACACAGUAGUGUUAGUUAUAGGAAUAAGGAAACAGCAUGUACCCGAGAGACUAACCUGUACCUGUGAAACAGACUCAAGCAGGACAAAUCUGAUCAACAGGGAAAUCCCUAAUUAACUGAUUGAUAAUGUGCAUACGUCUAACACAGUGGUAAGUAUCAUUAACUAGGUAUGUACCUAUGGAGUGAAAACACUCACUGUACCUGUGUGACUCUUGUCUGGGAGAAAUGUAUUAUUGGAGAUGUCUGCACAUGUCUAUCACACUCACCUGCACUAGGCACUAUAUUUUUACCUACACACAAAAAAAGAGGUUUGCAGUCACAAACCUUCUGUCUGUGAUGCUCUGUUCAUCAUCAUUCACAACAAUCGCUGAAUGUUAAAAUGUUUAUUUUGUCUGUCAUUUUGACAGUGAUUUAUAAAGGUGAAAACAGGUGCUAUUCUGAGGCAAUGUGCUAAAUAUGGAGCAAUUACCAUGGAAACCAAGAGAAUGUUUCUCAACGUUUAGCACUUAGCACCAAGAAUUGCACCUGUUUUACUUUGAUAAAUCUUCCGCAUUUUGUCUCUGUGUAAACGUUCUACCAAAUGUGCAUCUGCCAUUGUGGGUGCUCAGUGGGUUUAUUUCUAGAUUGUCAAUGUAUGUCUUGAUCGUGCCAGUAUGUCAAUUUGUCCGUAUAUCCUAUCUCUGAGUCACCGUUGUCGCUUCUCUUGCUGUUUCACAUUUAUCACUGUAUAUUUCACCUUCUGUCGCUAAUGAGUUUCACUCCUUGCCUGGGUUUUUUGUUAAUGUUUGCAUGUAACCUUCCAUUUCUAUGUAAUUCCAUGGAUUUGGCUAUGUGUGCUUACCCCUCUAUGUGUUCAUUAAUUGCACCCUAAUAUUUGCUUGUCAUAUUGCGUUACUUAGCUUUAAUCCCUGCAUGUUUGUGCGUUGCUGUUUUAUUGUCUAAUCAUAAAUCUCCAAAGGUCCCUGUUUGAGUUUGUGUGUGUCAGUGCCUCUUUGCAGUCAUGCUACUGUUGCACUCUGUGCGUCACUAUUCAUGUUUUAUACGCAUUGUGUUUGUUUCAGAAACAGUGCUUGAUUAUGACUGCAUGAGGCUUUUAUUUAGCAUUCUCUGCUCAUUAGUGUCUCUCUGUCUCUGAAAGCAUCUCUGCCUGUGUGUCUUUGUUGUGUUCUCCUUAGACUGCUUCAGUGAGUUUAAGUCAAUGCCAUGUACACCGAUAUGCUAAGUAUCUUUCUGCCAAGUCCUGUAGUGUUGGAGUUAAGGGAAAGUCAAGAAGCUAACUAUCAACUCCUGGUCACACAAUGGCACAGGCACUAGGGGCCAGCAUUACAUUCAGCUGAUAAAAGAUAAGCUAAAAAAGAGAAACCCCUUCACUGCCAAAUGACUAAUAUUGCAAUCCCUGUAUUGCCUGUUUGGUGACAGGCUGCGUUUUUAACUGAGGGGAAAAAAACAUAUUCUUCAUCUAACCUUGUUUUCAAAAAAAGUGUCAAUUUUAAUUAUUUAACAUUUUAAUGCACAAGGACCCACUCCAACUGCUAUUGGCAUUAUGAAGGCUGCCUUCAAUGCCCAAGAGGCGUUCAUAUUUAAGGUGUUAAAUCUUGGUCCACUAAGCAUUCAAAAGUAAUUUGUCAGAAAAGGAAGCCGAAUUCUUUUUAACCCAUUAAUGUCCAGAGAGCGCUAUACUGUUAUACUCACCAUAGAAACUUAAAAUGCCACAAAGAGCAGUUUAUAUAGGUUAACUGUAAAAUUAAACCAUGCACGUAGAAUGGAUAAGUAUAUUGAAUAUUUAGUGUAGAUUUUUAAUUUUUAAAAAAGGUAAAAAGGUGUGUGUGUAUGUGUGUGAAUAUUGGAGUGAAUUUACUUAAGUGUCAGUGUGAAUACAGAGGUGUGUGCAUGAAGUUUUUGUGAAUGUGUGUGAAUGCAGUGGAACCCAGGGCAGAUUCUCCUGCGGACACUACAUCACACAAAAAUGUAAACCUUGAGACUAUCUAAGCACUAUAAUCAAUACAGCUCACUGUAGUGGUUAUGGUGAGCAGAGACUAUGGGUACAGUUCCUUCAGUUUUUCUCAUACCAUUUUCCAGUAGUUGUAAGUUACCUGAACUCCGCAGACUAUUAACUCAGCAUGGGACAUAUAAUGUGCCGGUAAAGUGCUUUGUGGGCUAAAUAUGUAUAUUUUUUCCCACUCUUGUUACUAUCCUUUCCUGUUUGUGCAUGUUUUCUUUUUCUAUUUCUUUUUUUGUACACAAUGCCCAGACAUGCAUUCACUUACAUAGACACACAGAGUUAGAAACACACCCACACAUAAAUAAACACACACAGACAGAUAUAGAAGUGCACCUUCAGAAUUACAAAUACAAGUACACCUUCAGAAACACACAAAAACACCAAUUGGAAAAUCAUUACUCACACAGCCCCCAUGAAAAUAAAUGAUUUACUUUUCAAUCAGAUCCUACAGUACAGUGUGUUUUUAUCAUCUUUUCUGUUAUCUGAACAUUUAUCACACAUAAGAGAUUGUUGCAGGCUCUAAUAGAGCAAGGGAUUAGAUAUUUUAAUUGAUCAAUAAGGGAAGCUAAAAAAAAUUAGACUCUUUUUUUUAGGAAAUGUGUAGAAAGGAUGUGUGAAUCACACCCAGGGGAGGUGUGGUUAGGGCUGCAUAAACAAAAUAAUAUUAGUUUUAAAAGGUGGAGAAUUGAGAAGUGAAACUGCAGUGGAUUGAUCUAGGCACCAAAACCACUUAAUAAAGCAAAAAUUGUUUUGGUACUUAGAGAGCAUCAUAGGGUGACAAUGUCGUCCCAUAGCAGUAGAAUCUUUAUGAAAAGGGGAUAUUGUCUGUGUUAGAAUUUACUAAAACUUCAGCACAAUCCUAAAAAAUCCAUAAAGCAAUAUAUAGACAAUUUAAAUAACACAACUAAACAAAAAUGUCAAAUGGACUUAAAAUUUAUUUUAGCGUGUCAUUCAAACAAUGAUUUUAUUAAUAACAUAAACAGGUGGUGAAUUAAAGGAUAUGUGUUAGGAGACGGACUAAGCUCUGGUAAACCAUACCAAAUUCCUUUUUCACCCUGUGCAAGAAAUUAACCAAAAUAUUUGUGUAUAAUCUCUUACCCAUUGUACAGCGCUACUGAAUCGGAUAGUGCUGUAUAAAUAAUAAAAUAAUAAUAUCUAAGUACAUACUGAUUAUUCUCUAAACUGGGAAUUGUGGAGAAAUUAUAAGAAAAAUGCAAAUGUUAAGAUUCACUUGCUAACUGAGAAGCCUCGCUUAUUGAAAAGCCUGCAUGCACUCACGUGCCUGCUCGUGUGUGCCCAUUUACUGUGUGCGUGCAUGUUGGCAUGUUUAUACACACACAAGCAGCAAACUGGACAAUGUUCUGAAGUAUGCAGGGGGAAGGCUCGAGUUGAGUGCACCUGCCAAUUUAGUUGGCCUAGGGUAGCUGACGGAAAAAGAAAGAAAUUAUUUAUAAAAGUGCUGAUUUCUAAUACAAAUUGCCACUUUUAUAAACUGUCAUUGAGAUCCUAAGAUAAUCCAUAGUUGAAGUGCUUUAUGGGUGUGGAGUGGUUAUUUAAAUGUGUUAUCACUUUGUCAAUUCUCCACAAUUCCCACCUCAGUGAAAAGCCCCCAAUAAGCAAUACAGAAUAAUGUAGGAGUUAUAAAUAUUUAUCAUAAGGUAUCUGCCAUAUCUUUUUUUCUCAAUAAAUAUGAUUUUGUUCUCUUCUUUAACAGAUACAAUUUUUUACACGCUCUCUGGAAUAUAGAGCCUAUUAAAUACCGGCUGCACAAUGAACCUUACUUUAUUCAGUUACCAAAGCUAUGAGAACACAGCGGCUUUUUAACAUUGUGUUGGAGAGAAUCACUAUUCUGCUUAUUCAUACAAAGGACCAGCAUCAAUGAUAGAAAAUACUUCAGGUGCACUGCCAAUGCAUUACAGACAGCCUUAAUAAGUCAAAUUGUUUACCGUAUGAUUUUACAUAAGAUCUUUUGAUAGGCAAUUUGAUAACAACAAGCUGAAAAUCGUCAUCAAAUAUAUAAGUUGAUAGACACAUACAUAACCAAAGAAAGUCCAUACCAAAGGGGCAUGGAGAGGAAUUAAAGAAUUGUCUUUCGACAAGGACAUUGUAAGUCUAACAAAAAAAAAACUUCAAUAUUACAAAAUCUACAACAGAGAGUAAAAGGCUAUAUAUAACAGUGGCGGAAAACAUGAGACUUGUUUCAAAGACAUUCAGACCAAACAUGGAAUUAGAAAACCUCCAAAUAGUUUUUCAACCAAAGAAAGCCUUUACAGGAGCAGAGAAAGUGUGCGUCAAAUAAGUAACAUUUUAACCUUUCACUGAGAAAUGACCCCAACUUCUCCAACAACUCUCCUUGCAAGCUCUUUUGCUGAAAUCAACACAACCUUGUAUACCAAUGCUUCAGCUCCCCAAAGCCUUGCUGCCCCAGGACUCAUCAUUCCACUUGUCUAUCUGGUAGUAUGUGCAGUAGGGCUAUGGGGCAACACUCUAGUUAUUUACUUGGCAUGGCGCAGUCCUGCUGGACAGAACUCAGUCACUGCUCUGUACAUCCUAAAUUUGGCCCUAGCAGAUGAUCUUUUUAUGUUAGGCCUACCAUUUCUGGCUGCCCAGAAUGCUCUGUCCUAUUGGCCUUUUGGCUCUCCAGUAUGUCGUAUAGUAAUGACUCUGGAUGCAGUCAAUCAAUUUACUAGCAUAUUUUGUCUAACUGUAUUAAGUUUGGAUAGAUAUCUAGCUGUAGUUCGACCAGUCCAAUCAGCAAAGUGGAGAAGACCUAGAGUGGCCAAAUGUGUAAAUGUAACAGUGUGGAUCCUCUCUUUCCUGGUUGUACUGCCAGUGGUUUUCUUCUCUGGCGUCCCAGGGAAUUCUGGAACUUGCCACAUUGCCUGGCCAGAGCCAGCCCAUGCCUGGAGAACUGGUUUCAUUAUAUAUACUGCUGCACUAGGCUUCUUCUGUCCAUUACUCGUGAUCUGCAUCUGUCAUAUACUAAUUGUGGCCCAACUGAGAUCAUCUGGACAACGAGUCAGAGUGGCCCCUAACCGGAGGCAAGGGCCAGAGCGCAAAGUAACCAAAAUGGUGGCCCUUACAGUAACUGCUUUCUUUCUGUGCUGGUUCCCCUUUUAUGCUUUGAACAUCAUAAAUUUAUUGUGGCCACUACCAGAAAGUCCUAAGUUAUAUGGGCUCUACACAUUUGUGGUGGCUCUUUCUUAUGCAAACAGCUGCCUAAACCCUAUUAUCUAUGCUCUUCUUGCUCGUCCUUUUCAAAGAGGUUUGCGGCGUGUUCUCUGUAGGACCUCUGUGAAGGUGGGUGAUGGAGUAUUGAGAGCCGGUAAUGAAGGGGCACAUGGUGAACUCAGCAGAGUUAGUGGCAUUUCUCAGGAAGUAAAGACUUUGAGAAUGCAGCCUAGAGAUGAAAAUGGAGAAAUGGUAGUGACAGAGGAUCAGGCACAAGAAGUGGGAACGUCUGGGCAAAAAGCUCUUCCGGAAGAGUUAGGGGCAUCUGAGAAAGAAAACAUGCUGGGCAUAAGUUACUUGUAAAUCAGAAAGCUUGUAAAUGUCUGAAACUGCAGUGUUUGUGGAUAUAAACAUUUUUGACUCUGGGAAAUAUUAAUCCUUAAAGAAUUGAACAGACAAUGUAAAAUUCAUUUUUCUACUAACAAAAUGACUCUCGGCAUUCUAUGACUUUUCUAGUAUUUUAAGCUGGUACAAAUUAUCAAGACUAAAGCAAAAACUAAUGUACUUUCCAGUUAAUUAAUUAAAAAAAAUAUUUGAGGAAUCUAUGAAUCAGAUGAAGGAAGAGCAGAAUGUGAACAAUUAUUCUGUAUAGGUUAUUAUGUCUAUUUCAAGUGAGGCUGGUGAGCCUAUUUAAUGCUUAUUGCCUGUUGCUAAGACUGGUAUCAAUGAUGGUAUUUCAAGUUAUGAAUAUCUGACGUAACCAAGCAACCUACCUUUGAAAUGAAAAGACGCACUUUGUAAAAGUCCUUGGGCAAUUCGUGAUAAGCAACUAUUCACAUAUGUAUGAUUGUAGGCUCUGCAAGUCAGGAACUAACUAACCCAAAGAACUGAUGAUGAGAGUCAAAUGCUUGUUUACUAUAGGAGUUCAAAAACAGAUAAGAAGCGGCAGAAAAUAGGGAUUCAACUAUUUAGUUGUCUUGUUGUUUUUUUUCUGCAAAUCUAAAUGGUCUAGAAUUAUGAACUGAAUGAUCCAAAUGCAAACUUUUUAUGAAAAGGUUAAGAGCCAGAGACUGUUUUUCUUUCCAUAAUUUUCAACAAAAUGCUUCAUGCCUCAAAUACUCAACAUGCUUUAUACAAUGCUUCUUGAAGCUGUUUUUCCAUUGCACUGGCUGUAAAGUGUGAAAUGCUUUAAAAGGAAGAGACUAACAAUCCAAAACAAGAAUUGAGACCAAUUAAAUUUAUACUAAGCAAUAAUUCCUAACCAUUAUUAAUUUUUCUUUUUUGCAAAGAAAGUAAUUUAACAAACAUUUUUUGUGACUAAAAUAAAAAUACGAUGUAAUAUAACAAAUACUGAAGAAUUACACUUCUACAACACCGUUGAUUUUUUUGUUGUUUUUUGUUUGUUUUGUUUUUCUAUUUCCAAGGAACUGCCUGCAUUGCAGAACUUAUGCCAGCAGUAAAUAUGCCAAAUUCAGAUUAUUAAAAAAUAAAGAAUUAACUAAUUUUAGAUGCUAGAGAAGCAUCAUGAUUGUCUUUAACAAACCACCAUAUUCUGCAUUCUUAUUAAGACCAAAUACACCGGAAUGUUAAGAAGACAAGCAGGCUUUCUUUGGUGGUGCUGAGCACCUUCUGUGGGAUUUGUUUUAUGCUAUUAUAUUCUGUGUUGUGAUAUAAUGAUGUGUUCCUACCAUAUGUUUGUGCGUACAAACACACACCUGUGGUGGGUCAAAAAAAAAUAAUGGAAACACCUACAAAAUAUUACUGUCUAGGGUAAAAAAUGAGUCGGCCUCCAAAAAAAGUCUUCUAUAUCUCUGCUCCAGAACUGGAAUGCCGAUUUGAAAGACACUAAUCCUUAUGCUCUAGAACACAGACUUUAAUUUGUUUAGCAGUAUGAGGCUAUUUUCAACAUGGAAAACGUCUACAAGAAACAGUAUUUGCACUUUUAGGUGCCCCUAGUAGUUUAAAAUUAUCUAAUUUCCCUUGUCUAACAGAUAGAUAUAAUCACUCUAUUAAGAUUGUUGCACAUCAUUGUGAGGCCAUUGUGGGUUGAACACACCUUCUGUCAUUCUGAAACCUGUUCAAAUAUAGAAAUUAAGAUGAAAAAGCAUUGCAUUAGACCAUAUUAAUUUUCUUUACUGCUUAUGGGUCCAGGUUUUGAUAGUCUACAUCAGUGGUUCCCAACCAAGUCCUUAAGUACCCCCUAACAGUCCAGGAUUCAGGGAUUACCCAAUUGAUGUCUAAGGUGUUUUUAGAAAAAUAAAAAGACACUUUAGAAGUUUAGACACAACAGAGUUAUCCCUAAAUCUUGGACUGGUAGGGGGUACUUGAGGACUGGGUUGGGAACCCCUGAUCUACAUCAUGCUAUGUGCGUUUAUACAUUGGAUACAUUUUGGAAUGGCAACCCUUUCUAUAAAGGAAAACUGCCACUUUUUAUUAUUUUUAAUAUUAUGUUUACUUAUCCCCCAUAUAGUUAACAAAUAUAUCUGAAAAUUCAAAUUGAAUGUUGAAAUCUACACUUUGCUAUCUGGGAACUGAGCACCUCCAUCUUAGUUCCCUGUCAAUCAUUGUUACAUUCUUAUAAUGGCUGCCCUUUGUAUCCAACAGUCAGCAUACAAACAUAAUAGAGAGAGAAGAGAGAACACAAACAAUGUAUAAAUUACUUCUCCUCCAAUGAAUGUGUGCCUUGGCUGUGCCUAGACUAAAACUAGAUUUUGAUCUUAUUUUUUUUUAUAAAAGAAAAUGGAGUAUUAUAAAAAGUUAACACAAGUUCUAUGUUAUUUUCACUACUUUAUUUAACAUUCUGUUUUCUAGAGAAGUGAUCGUAUCCCUUUAAAAUAAGUAAAGCUCUCCACAUGAUGUUCUUUGUGGCGUGUCGAUCUAUCUUUGAGAGAUAGCAAGGAACCAUGACAUAUUUAAUCAUUUUGCAAUGUUUGUGUAGAAUGAACUUGCACAUGAAUCAUUUACAAUUUAACUCUGUUUAAAUUAUAUUAAUUAUCUCAUGCUGUAUUGUAAAAAGUCAUAAAUCGAACAGCUAAUUGUCAGAACAUUUUAUAAGUGAGGUACAUUUGCAAUGGGCAAUCAACUUACGAUGACUUACCUUUGCAACAUUGACAUGACUAUUUACGAAGUUGAGAAUUCAAAGGGAAUAGCACAUUUAAAGCCAAAGUACACGAAAUGAAAGCAUAGCAAACUUAGAGAAUUUUUCAGUUUCGGUUAUUUUGAUCUUAAAUUUAAAAUUCACUUUGAAUUCUCACUUUAUUGAAUGAUACUGUUAGUUACAACAUCAAAACCCUAUAUCAAUUUGGUGUUUCCAUUAUUUUGCCCACUACCUGUAUAUUGAUUAUACUCUAUAAUAUUGCACUUUAGUAGUGUUUAAUCACAUGCACUUUGUCAAGAAAAUAAAUCUACAACAACUGUAAAGAGUACUGGGGAUAUUAUUGCAAAGCUUAUUUAAACCAUACUUUAUUAUUUUGUAUAACAUAUAAACAUUGUGUAUAACUAAGUGAAAAAAAAAAUGUUUCACGUAUUUGUGCAUGAAUGGUCACAAUACAUAUUACACGCAACACAACAUAAUCACUGGAAUCUAUUUAAAUAAUGAAAGUAUUCAGAACACAGCUUAAAGGAAACUGUCAUUCAUUUUUUAACUGUUAUAUUUAUCUUUAAUCAUAGCCUUCAGUAGUGUAGAGUAGUUUCUGUAUCAAUAUAAUUUUCAUAAAAUUGUUAGUUUUUCAAUGCUCUAUUACCAAUUGGUUUGUCUAAGAAAACCUCUUUCAAUUGUACUGUUAUUCUGUAAACAAUAGAAUGCCUCUUCAAACACGUCUAUAAAAAAAAAAAAAAAGUAAAAGUGUCUAUUUAUUUAGUGACAGUUUAUGGACCAAUAUAAGAAAGUUCUAUCACAACCUACUUACAUAUAAAAUGUAUAAAACACACACAAACACACAACCAAUUUACUUACAUAAAUACAUUUGCACAAAUAACAU